ACACAUUUUUCUCUGAAAUGCAGAUUGGAUGAGGAAGAGAUUUGUCAGUUAGGAGAGAGAGGAAGUCACCACAAGGCACGGAGGAGAAAACGUUCGCCGAAAUCAGAGAUCAAACACCAGCUCUGCAAGUCAGAAGUUGCAUCUCCUAGUGAAAUGCUGCCUCUGCCAUUUCAAUUGUUAGCAGUUCUCUUUCCAGGCGGUGACAGUGAGGAUGCAUUCCAGAAGCCGAUCUCUUUCCAUCUCAUCCAGAUCGCAUCCUUUUUCAAUAGCACCUGGGCACAAAAUCAAGGAUCAGGCUGGUUGGAUGAUUUGCAGAUUCAUGGCUGGGAUAGUGACUCAGCCGAUCCCAUAUUCCUGAAGCCCUGGUCUAAGGGCAACUUCAGUGACAAGGAGAUUGAUGAGUUGGUUGAGAUAAUCAGAAUCUACCUCUUUGAAUCCAUACGAGAAGUGCAGGACCAUGCCAGUGAAUACCAGUUGGAAUACCCCUUUGAGAUCCAGGGCAUAGCAGGUUGUGAGCUACGUUCUGGGGGUGCCAUAGCAAGCUUCUUGAGGGGAGCUUUAGGAGGAUUGGAUUUCCUGAGCGUUGAGAAUAUGUCAUGUGUGCCUGCCCCAGAAGGUGGCAGCAGGGCACAAAGACUCUGCAAAUUAGUCAUGCAAUAUAAAGGGAUCGUGAAUGUUGGAAAAAAGCUCCUCUACGAAACCUGCCCCCAGUAUCUUCUAGGCGUCCUGGAUGCAGGGAAGGCAGAUCUACAAAGGCAAGUGAAGCCUGAGGCCUGGUUGUCCAGUGGCCCUAGUCCUGGGCCUGGCCAUCUGCUGUUGGUGUGCCACGUCUCAGGAUUCUACCCAAAGCCCGUGUGGGUGAUGUGGAUGCGGGGUGAGCAGGAGCAGAUCCUCCACCUCCAUUGGUUUGAUCGUUAUUGGCAAAUAAUAGUGCCUUUCUUGAUCCUUUUGUCAUGCCUGCAUUAUGGUAUAUGAGGCGCCGGUCUUAUCAGGAUAUCCCAUGAGCCUUCAUCAUGUCUCCUCCCAUUUGGAAUAAGUUUCAAGAAGCUAAGAAUCCCAAGAUGUCAGCCCAGGCAUCAGUCUCAUCAUAUUUCUUAAAAUGCUCAUCGUAUUCAAUUAAAUCAAAGUUCCUAUAGAUUUUAAGAUAUUA